CUUGAUCAGAGAGAUUUUUUGUUGCUAGCAAAGCAGAAUUGGGGAGAUUUUUGGUUUGUUGGGGGUGAUUGGAACGAGAUCACAGGACAUGAAGAUAAAAAAGGUGGUAGAACCAGUGCUAACUCUUCAUUCAAACCUUUUAAUGGGUUCAUCGAUAAUCUGGGAGGGCAAGACUUGGGACUUCCGGGCCCCCAAUAUACUUGGGAAAACUGCAAGUCAGCAGAGGGUUAUGUUGAAGAAAGGUUGGACAGGGUUUUUGCAUCUAUCAGCUGGGCUGCCCAUUAUUUAUCUGCUAAUGCACUCAAUGUCUUCAGAUCAUCAUCUGAUCACAACUUGCUUCUCUUGAAACCUCAUUCUGCACAAACUCCCUCAAAGAAAAGAUUCAUCUUUGACCAGAGAUGGGUCUCAACACCUGGUAUCCAAGAGGUAGUUGAUUCAGCCUGGUCUAAUUCCAACAAUGGCACUCCCAUGUUCAACCUGCAAUCCAAAAUCAAGAAUACUAGGGUUGAAGUCCUAAAAUGGAGCAAAGAUUUGAACUCAGACAGGAAGAAAAAGCAGGAUCAACUUCACUCUUCACUUGAGCAGCAAAGACUAGUAGGAACUCUUGGAUGA